AUGACUGAAUUCAUCUAUUCCCAUGCUAUUGACACAGCCUUUGAGAUCACAAACAGAUACACCCAUCUACAACAUGUUCGCUUUGGCAGAAUAGGCCUUGUCUGUUCGGCUAAAGAUCAACGGAGUGGUCAAAUCGUUGCAGUUGAGAAGAUGACGAAGCCAUUUAGCUCUAUUAUGACUUCUAAGAAGGCAUAUCGGGAGCUCAAGGUACUAAGGCACCUGCAGCAUAAAAAUGUUAGCGUAUUAAGGGACGUUUUUAUGUCACCCAGUAAGAAUAUAUAUGUCAUUACAGAGUUUGUCGGAACCGAUCUUGAAAGCAUUCUUGUUUCUGAAACUCUUGAAAACAAAACCGUGAAGCACGUCCUAUGUCAGAUACUGCGUGGCCUGAAGUAUAUCCAUUCUGCAGGAAUAGCCCAUUGUAACCUCUCGCCAAGCAAUAUACUUGUUGAUGAACAUUGCGAUUUGAGGAUCUCAAAUUUUGGUCGAGCACGCAUCAUGCCCGAAAAGAGAGAUUACCAUUCCACCGGUCACCCCUCUUCUCCCCAGAUUCUGCUAAAUGGAGGGAAAUAUGACAAUGGCGUAGAUAUAUGGAGCGCAGGCUGUAUUCUAGCAGAGAUGUUGGAAGGAAAGCUGCUACUCCCAGGGAAAGAUUAUAGGUGUCAAUUCUCGAGUAUCACUGAGCUUCUAGGGGCGAUUCCUGACGAUGUAAUUCGAAACCUCUGGGGCCAGAAUACUUUGACGUUUGUUCAUUCUUUACCAAAAAUAGAGAGCCGAUCGCUUAGCAACAAAUUCAAAAGUGCUGAUCCAUUGGCUGUUGACCUCCUCGGUAAUAUGCUUAUCUUCGACCCGCGAAAUAGAGUUUGUGCAUAUCAAGCUCUUACUUAUAAGUAUCUUAUCCAGUACCACGACCCGGUCAAUGAACCUAUUUCAAGAGGACAGUUCAAAUUGGCUUUCAACGAUGCCGACUUGUCAGCUAAUACAUGGAAGAGGAUAAUUGAUUCUGAGAUACGAGACUACCAUAAUACGCCAGGGAUAAAGCCUGUGUGA